AUGCAGGCUUUUAUAUUUUGUGGUGAAGGACUUGAACUUCAGCCUUUUUCCCAUGCUGGUAGGGAACAUGUAGGCACUGGAAUGCCUAAAGCAUUGUUGCCCAUUGGAAAUCGUCCUAUGAUCGAGUACGUAUUGAAUUGGUGCGAUCAGGCCGAUUUCAAGGAGAUUAAUGUGGUUGCAUCGAGUGAGGAUGUUGAUCUAAUUCAAGAGGGGUUACAAGAUUUCAUCUCGUUGAGAGAACAACAGUUUGGAGUGUUAUCCAAAGCUCUAGCUUCAUCUACGCAUGCGCAUCAUUUGCAAACACCGAAACCUAUCAAGUUCAUUGGUUCUAAGGCUGCCACUACGGGAGAAUGCUUCCAGAAGGAAUUACUCGAAAGGAUAAAGGGCGAUUUUGUACUGUUGCCCUGUGAUUUUGUCACUGAUAUACCACCACAGAUCCUUAUAGAACAAUACAGGAACCGGGAUUCCAACAAUAUAGCUUUGGCUUUUUACUAUAAAAACGGGUUGGAGAUUGCAGAUAAGAGGCAGACGAAUAAGCAGGCGUUUACGGUGUAUUCUGAGAAUGAGGAGACAGAUUUCCAACCGGUAUUGUUGGAUGUGUAUCCUACUGAAGAGGUCAAGAAAUCGAAGUCAUUGCGAAUCAGGACGCAUUUGUUGUGGAAGUUCCCCAAUGCCACAGUGUCGACGAAAUUGGUCAACUCUUCGAUCUAUUUCUGCACAUACGAGUUGUGUCAACUUUUGUCAGACAAGAAACCAAAAAAUGAUAACGCAAAGAACGAUGGUGAUGAGGACGAAAUUACAGCAAAGAAUGCAAGUGUUAUCAAGCCAAACUAUUUCAAGAGCAAUAAUGAACUGAUCAAAGAUCCGAUUAACGCCAACAAAUCAUUGGGGAAAAUGUUUAGAGACCUCGCUAGGCGCUCAUGGCAACACUCUAAGAAUAGAGAAACAGUUGGCAUGUUUAUUUUGCCAGAAGUCGGUGCCUUCAUUAGGGCUAACAACUUGAAUGCAUACACUGAGGCUAACCGUUUCCUACUCAGAAUUAAGGCACACACAAUGGCUUCAAACGCACAGACUACAACUGCUUCUGCUUCUGCCAUCGGUGCUGAUGCGAUUGUUGGACCGGGAUGUACCAUUUUGGAGAGAAGUAACAUUAAACUCUCUGCCGUUGGGGCUAACUGUGUGAUAGGCAACCGUUGUCGAAUUGCGGGUUCCAUCCUACAUCCAAGCGUCAAGAUUGAAGAUGAAGUUCUACUAGAAAAUGUGAUUGUAGGUCCAAAUGCAGUCAUUGGGAAGAAAAGUAAACUGACAAACUGUUACGUGGAAGGUUCCUUUGUAGUGGAGGCCAAGAGCACUUUGAAGGGAGAGACUUUGACAAAGAUGUAUUUUGAGCCCGAUGAGGAUUACAGCGAUAGCGAAGCUAUUGAUUCAGAUAGUGACGAAGAAGGUGACUAUCCAGAAGAAUACUACGAAGAGGACGAUGAUGCAUACGGCGAUGAUGAUUUUUUCCAACGUUAG